AUGAUAAUUGGCGCAGUAAACAACGAAGAGCCUUGGGAAGACGAAACUUUUGGCACGAAAUUUAAACUGGUGGCGCAGUGGACUUCCAAAGAGGAUAUUAGAAGAUUGCAGGAGAAAUCAAGUCAUUCACAUAAGAAGAUGAAUCCUAAUUUCCGUGUCCCAUUCUCGACCACAAACAUUGCUUCUGCCAAGCUAGCUAUGGACUUGGGAUGGAUAGAGACCAAUUACUCAAUCUCUUCAGCAUGUGCAACUGGCAACUUCUGCAUCCUCAGCUCUGCAAAUCACAUCAUCAGAGGAGAAACUGAUUUGAUGCUCUGUGGUGGUUCUGCUGGUGUCAUCAUUCCAAUCGGUACUGAUGGUGAUGGCUUUGUGUUGAGAGAAGGAGCUGGUGUGCUGCUGUCAGAAGAGCUGCAGCAUGCUAAGGCAAGAGGAGCCAAAAUCUAUGCAGAGUUUCAUGGAGGGAGCAUCAGUUUUGAUGCUCAUCACUUGACUCUGCCCCACCCAGAUGGAACUGGAACUGCAAUCUGCAUAGAGAGGGCAUUGGCUCAGUCUGGCAUGGACAAGGAUGUGCUGGUUGGGACGAGAAAGGAGAGGCUGGAGAUUAAAGUGGCAUUAUCCAAUUCAUUUGGUUUCGCAGGCCAAAACUCUACAACCUUGUUUGCACCUUACAAGUGA